AGAAACGUUCAUCGCAGCUUCCUGUGACCACACUCACAUAUAAGGAUUUCCUUGACUGUCACAGCAUGGAUAAUCUUUUCACCUCUUCCUUCCCUGUUUCAUGCCAGAACUCUAGAGACUAUAAUCUCACAACCGUCUGUCCUGACAACCAAACUGUAAACUCCACGUCUCCAGCUCUGCUUAACCCUCCAGCAUUUGGGAUGUCCUACUUCACCAUGACCCUUGGCGCACUCUCUAAUCUAACCGCACUAGCAAUCCUAGCCCAUUCCUACGCCCGCUUACGCCGACGAGCCAAAGCACCGUUUCUACUGCUGGCUUCAGCCCUGCUUGUAAGCGACCUGGCUGGUCAUGUGAUCACAGGGGCUUUGGCGCUUCACCUCCAUCUUGGGAGGGUGAAACAUCACGGGGUGGCAGUAAUAGUGGAGCCCCCACAGGUUUACUGCAAAUUAUUUGGCGGUUGCAUGGUGUUUUUUGGCCUUUGCCCUCUGCUGCUAGGCAGUGCGAUGGCGGUGGAGCGCUGCAUAGGCAUAACACAACCUCUCCUGCACCCAACGAUAGUCACCAUGACACGCGUCCGCCUCACCGUGCUGCUGAUCACCUUCACGGCCCUCGUUUUGGCAGGACUCCCUCUGCUAAACGUAGGCAAUUACAAACCACAGUUCCCUGGCACUUGGUGUUUCUUACCUGUUAACAGUCUGCUCUCCAUCACUGAUGCCAACCUCGCUCUGGCUUUUUCCACACUGGGGCUUGUAACAUUGACCAUCUCAGUUGUGUCCAAUACUAUAAGUGGACUGAAGUUGCUCCAGGCAAGGUUUAAGGACCGAUGUGUUAAGUCAAGCAUCGCUCGGAGACAUGGAUCCUUCCCAUCUUCAUCUCUGCACUCCCUGGAUGUGGAGAUGAUGACGCAGUUGGCCGCGAUAACAGUGGUCUCCUGUGUCUGUUGGAGUCCUUUUCUUAUUUACAUCCUCAUAUCCGUUAGCAGGUUUUAUGAAGGAAUCAGAAGGCCGAGGCGUCAGUGUGAGAAGCUGCUUCUCUUGGCUCUGCGUUUGGCGAGCUGGAACCAGAUUCUGGAUCCGUGGGUUUACAUCCUCCUCCGGAGAGCGGUUCUGCGCAGACUGCUUCAGCUUCUGCAGCCGGACAGAUUCGUGUUUACACACAGCGGCUCCUACGGAGACUCGCACAGAAAGCAAAUUAGUUUGCACUGA